AUGUUUCGCUAUUUUACGGCGAAAAACACGUUGAACUAUAUUGAGGUGUUACCCGCUCUCGUGAAAACCUACAAUCAUUUGUUUCAUCGUAGUAUUCAAGAAAAACCUGUCAAUGUCACUGCCAAAAAUGAACAUGAAAUUUGGUGUCGUUUGUAUGGUAGUAAAAAGAAGAAAAAAGACGUCAAAAAAACCAAAUGUAAAGUAGGGGAGAAAGUAGGAUUGAAUAAAAAAUUUCGACCAUUUAAAAAUGGCUAUUUGCCUGGGUGGACCGAAGAAGAGUUUUAGUGAAACAAAUUUAUACCACGAAACCUGUGGUCACGUAUAAACUGACAGAAUGGAACGGGACCCCUAUAAAAGGCACAUUUUACGAAUCGGAUAUUCAAAAAGUCGUGUUACCCGAUGACGCAUUAUUUCGUAUUGAUCAAGUGUUAAAACGCAAAGGCAAUCAAGUCUUUGUAUCUUGGAAAGGCUGGCCUAAUGAGUACAAUAGCUGGGUGAGGAAAAAAGAUUUGCAAGAGCUAUGA